CGCAUGCCAAGAUGGCGGUGACGCGGUACCGGCGCUUCUUGAAGCUCUGCGAGGAGUGGCCGGUGGAGGAGACGAAGCGCGGCCGGGACCUGGGUGCUUUCCUGCGGCAGCGGGUGGCGCAGUCCUUCCGCGAGGGAGAGAACACGCAGAUUUCUGAUCCGGUGACAUGCGAUGAAAUGUUUGAAAGUUUAGCUAGAAUCCAUACCAACUACUAUAAAACCAAGUAUCCACGUUUGAAAGAUACAAGCUUCACUGGGGUGACAGUAGAAGAAUGCAAGAUGGUCCUUGCAACAGAUACCUUGAAGCAGAUAGAAGAAGUGAACAAAGGAAAAUGGACGAAGUUACGUGAAAAAUUCUCUGCCAAGCAUCCUGAAGAAGAUUCCAAAUGAUAACUUCUUGUCCCUAACCAAUGUUCCUAAAGCGCUGCAUUUUGCCAGUAUGGUAAACCUUCUCGAAACAUAACUUUUUAAAAUUGGCUUACAUAUGAGAAUAUCAGACUUUCUAAGUCAAAAGACCCAGGUUUAGCAUCUCAUCUCAGAAUCAUUCUUCCUGGGGACAGUGGUUGAGUAUUAACAAAAGACUUGAUGAGAAGUUCUUCCUGAACAGAACAAGCAAAGCCCAUUUGGUUAUGUUGGUUUAUGGAGGGUAUUAGGAAGUCUUUAGUUAUAUUUGCAGAAGACAGUGGUGAUAUGAUGCCAUUCUUUGACUACGUGUUUACACCAGACGGGCAUUUUGUGGAAAGACUGUACUGUUGGAUGUCAUCUUGUAGUUGAUGAGCUGAAACAUAAUAGAAUUGUAUUUCAUAGCUUUUUAGAAUUCAAAGAAAACUCCCAAAGAAAUACGGACAUUAUACUG